AAUCAGAAGUUCACAGGUAAUGUUCCAGCAUCACCUGGGAAAAACAUGAGAUAUGGUGAAAAGAUCACUGAAUUGGGGAACAGGAACACUGUGAUCUAUCUCAUCUCUGCUUCUAACCAAACUUGUAUUGAUGAAAAAGCCACUUUGCAGCUCUGGACUUCAUUUUUCUCAUCCAUAAGACUCUUGAGAUACUGACUGGAAGAUAGACACUUUUUUUUGCUGAUUGUAUGGGAGAAAUUUUUGACCUUGGAAAGUGGAGAUGAGGUUGCUAUGGAAACUGGUAAUUCUGCUGCCACUCAUAAGCUCUUGUGCAGGUGAUGGUCUUUCCAGCUGCCCUGUUUUUACCCAGGAACCACAAGAUGUCAUUUUCCCUUUGGGUAUAUCAAAAUCUGAAGUCAUUCUUAACUGUGCAGCUAAUGGUCACCCUUCACCCCAUUAUAGGUGGAAGCAAAAUGGCACAGAUAUUGAUUUUACCAUGAGUUAUCACUACAGGUUGGAUGGAGGCAGUUUGGCAAUCAGUAACCCCCUCACGGAUCAAGAUACUGGCACGUAUCAAUGUCUGGCCACCAAUCCUCUGGGAACAAUUCUGAGUCGGAAAGUGAAACUCCAGUUUGCAUAUAUUGAAGACUUUGAAACCAAAACAAGAAGCACAGUGUCUGUCCGUGAAGGUCAAGGUGUGGUACUUCUCUGUGGUCCACCACCACACUUUGGAGAUUUAUCGUACGCAUGGACCUUCAAUGAAAACCCCUUGUAUGUCCAAGAGGACAACAGGCGGUUUGUAUCUCAAGAGACGGGAAACUUGUAUAUUGCCAAAGUGGAACCAUCAGAUGUAGGCAACUAUACUUGCUUCAUAACAAACCAGGAAGCCCAGAGAAGUGUUCAAGGACCACCCACUCCAUUAGUGCAGCGCACUGAUGGUGUGAUGGGGGAAUAUGAACCAAAGAUUGAAGUGCGUUUUCCUGAAACAGUACAAGCUGCAAAGGAUUCAUCUAUAAAACUGGAAUGCUUUGCCCUUGGAAAUCCAGUCCCUGAUAUUAGUUGGAGGAGGUUGGAUGGAAGCCCGUUGCCAGGGAAAGUCAAGUACAGCAAAUCCAAAGCUAUCCUUGAAAUCCCGAACUUUCAACAGGAAGACGAAGGAUUCUAUGAGUGCAUUACAGGCAACGUUCGAGGAAGAAACAUUGCAAAGGGUCAACUCAUUUUCUAUGCCCCACCAGAAUGGGAACAAAAAAUCCAAAAUACAUACCUGUCUCUCUACGACAGCUUGUUUUGGGAGUGCAAAGCUAGUGGGAAGCCAAAACCUUGGUACACAUGGUUAAAGGAUGGUGAGCGCCUCAUCCCAGAGGAGAGAAUUCAAAUAGAAAAUGGAAUGCUUACCAUAACGAUGCUGAAUGUUUCAGAUUCUGGUGUCUACCAAUGUGCUGCAGAAAACAAAUAUCAGAUCAUUUAUGCAAAUGCAGAAUUGAGAGUAUUAGCUUCAGCACCAGAUUUCUCAAAAAAUCCUAUUAAAAAAUAUUCCGUUGUUCAAGUUGGUGGGGAUAUUGUUAUUGAAUGCAAGCCAAAUGCUUUCCCCAGAGCAGCUAUCUCCUGGAAAAGAGGACUGGAGAGCUUAAGACAAAGUAAAAGAGUGUUUCUCUUGGAGGAUGGCAGCCUCAAGUUACAUAAUGUCACCAGGUCAGAUGCUGGAUCAUAUACGUGCAUAGCCACAAAUCAGUUUGGUGUUGCGAAGAACACUGGAGGCCUGGUCGUAAAAGAAAGGACUGUUAUUACUGUUCCACCUUCCAAAAUGGAUGUCACAGUUGGUGAGAGCAUAGUCCUACCCUGCCAGGUGUCCCAUGACCCCUCUGUUGAAGUUGUGUUUCUGUGGUCUUUCAAUGAACAUGUCAUAGACUUAAAAAAAGGAGUGGCUCAUUUUGAAAGGAUCGGUGGAGAAUCUGUUGGGGAUUUGAUGAUAAGGAAUAUUCAGUUAAAUCAUUCAGGAAAAUAUCUAUGCACAGUACAAACAACUCUAGAAAGUUUAUCUGCUGAAGCUGAUGUCAUUGUUAGAGGUCCUCCAGGUCCCCCAGAAGACGUAAGAGUGGAGCACAUUUCUAAUUGUACUUCUCAACUAAGCUGGAGACCUGGCCCAGAUAAUAACAGUCCCAUUCAAAUAUUUACUAUUCAGACUCGGACACCAUUUUCUGUGGGUUGGCAGGCUGUUUCUACUGUUCCAGAAAUUCUCAAUGGUAAGACAUACAAUGCAACAGUGGUCGGUUUGAGUCCUUGGGUGGAAUAUGAAUUUCGCGUUGUUGCUGGGAACAGCAUUGGGAUUGGAGAACCAAGUAAACCAUCAGAAUUAUUAAGAACCAAAGCAUCAGUCCCUGUUGUGGCACCCACAAACAUCAAUGGAGGUGGAGGAAGUCGUUCUGAACUCAUCAUUACGUGGGAGUCGAUUCCAGAAGAACUCCAGAAUGGAGAGGGAUUUGGAUAUAUCAUCAUGUUUCGACCAGUUGGCUCAACAACCUGGACCAAAGAAAGAAUCACUUCUGUGGAGUCAUCAGGGUUCAUUUACAGAAAUGAAAGCAUCACCCCCCUGUCUCCCUUUGAAGUCAAAGUGGGUGUCUACAACAACGAAGGAGAAGGCUCUGUGAGCACUGUGUCCAUUGUCUACUCUGGAGAAGAUGAACCUCAGCUGGCCCCAGGAGGAACUUAUGUCCAGAGUUUCUCUGCUUCUGAAAUGGAGGUCUCAUGGAAUGCUAUCGCCUGGAAUAGAAACACUGGACGGGUGUUGGGCUAUGAGGUCUUAUACUGGACAGAUGACUCCAAAGAAUCCAUGAUUGGUAAAGUUAGAAUCACUGGAAACAUCACAGCCAAAAACAUCACAGGGCUGAAAGCUAACACCCUCUACUUUGUUUCCGUGAGGGCCUACAAUACUGCAGGGUCAGGACCCUCAAGCUCCCCAGUCAAUGUCACCACCAAAAAGUCUCCUCCAAGCCAACCACCAGCAAACAUUGCCUGGAAGUUGACAAAUUCUAAAUUAUGCUUGAACUGGGAGCAUGUAAAAACCAUGGAAAAUGAGUCUGAAGUAUUGGGCUACAAGAUUCUGUACCGGCAAAACAGACAAAGUAAAACUCAUAUUUUGGAAACAAACAAUACAUCAGCUGAGCUUCUGGUUCCAUUUGAAGAAGAUUAUUUGAUUGAAAUAAAAACAGUCAGUGAUGGUGGGGAUGGAAGCAGCAGUGAGGAAAUUAGGAUUCCAAAAAUGUCAAGUUUGAGUUCCAGAGGAAUUCAAGACUUAGAAUCUAGCAUCAGUUUUCUGUCAAUUGUGAUUUCUACUGUUUUGCUAUUCAAUCACUUAUACAAUAAAUAAAACCAUAAAUCUUUGUGGUUUUUUUGAAAGUAGAUCACUCUGUAAAUAAGCUCUCUAGCCACCAGUCACAAGACAUAUUCAUAACACAGAUAUGUGUGAAAGAAGAAAAAAUGUAUAUUAUUAAGAUCUUGUAAAUAUCUAUGGAACAUUAAUAAAAAGAUUUGAAACACUUGAAUUUUAGAGUUCACACAACACUUCCAUACGUUCAAAAGGUGCCAAAUUAAUCUGUGGAUUUGUAAGUAUGAUGUCUUUUAAGUAGCUUAUAUGGGGGUAUAAAUAACUCCCCUUGAUGAUGAUGAUAAAUAUGAAAUAGUUUCACAGUUACCAUAGCUAAGACGUGCAUUUUUAUGUGCUCCAGGCAAGUUACUUCAGUAUUAAAAAAUUUCACUCUC